AAAUGAUUAUCAAAAUGGUGAUUCGCAGUUUCAUAUUGCAUUGGACAAUUUACUAGAUGGUCUAACCCAUAUUAAAAGUAAUGCUAUGACCCAUGUUCAGGUUGAACCUACUAAAUGUCAUAAUUCUAAAAGUUGUGGUAGCAAUGGACAAAAGUUACAUACUAAAGCAAAACAA